CCGGUCCCAGCCAGUGACUUUUUCCGGUGAGAGUCCACAAACGCAGACAUGCCACUUGCAAAGGAUCUGCUGCAUCCAUCUGUAGAGGAAGAAAAGAGGAGACACAAGAAGAAACGACUUGUACAGAGUCCCAACUCUUAUUUUAUGGAUGUCAAAUGUCCAGGUUGCUACAAGAUCACCACAGUGUUCAGUCAUGCUCAGACUGUAGUGCUGUGCGUCGGCUGCUCCACAGUCCUCUGUCAGCCCACAGGAGGGAAGGCUCGCCUCACAGAAGGCUGCUCAUUCAGGAGGAAACAGCACUAGUUUAAUCAGACGUGCUUGACACGAUUGAGGAGGAGCAACGGAGCUUGAUGGUUAUCAGGUGACACUGCCAUUGAGCUGAUGCAGCAAAAAGGAAAUGAGAGAGCGGGAAAACAGUCAUGUAAUAUAAGAGGAAAAUCUAUCAACAGAAAAUGCAGAGGAAAACUUGGGCUUGUUGAAACCUUACCAACACCUCAUAUCCAUUACAUCUUUCUUAAUAAACUUAGGUUGUUUUUUGGUAAAAUAAUCUUGCAUGAUUGUCAUCAAGUUUCUUGUUUUAAUCUGUGGAAGGUUCUCAGAUUACAUUUGUCUGCUUUGAGACAUUUGUUGUCUUAGAAUUCCUUAAACUGUAAUGAUUUGUUGGCAAAGAAUCAGGGCCUUUUUUGUGGAUUGUGUUGUUUUGCAUCCUCAAAGUGAGCAGGUGUGUGGCACCAGUGUUUUCAGGGUAAAUCACUUUCAUCGUUGGCACUACAACCUUCAUUGAUCAAGCACAAACAACUGCUGAAAGGUGAGGGUACAAGAUGAGCCUCAUUCAUUUUUUUAAUAGCACUACAGAUUUAUGCAAAUUUCCUUUCAAAACACUUGACCACAUCUAGGAGAGGAGAUACUGUGGUUAAACACAUCCAAGAAACGGUCGCCUUUUACUGACUUUAACUACACUGUACAUGCACUCUGAAUAAUUGAAUAUUGAUUGAUGUGCAUAAGAACUCUUUAUAAAUGCAGACACUAAUUGUACAUAUCCAUAGCCAAGUCAAUGCCACAGAGAAGUCAACGUUAUAGAUAAGAUGGAUGAUGGUAUCAACGCCUUCUUUAAAGCCAGUGUUGCCAGCGCUGGGUCUGCACUCAGGGGAAUGAAUCUGCUCCUGCUUUUGGUUCCUGCUGCUUGUAAAACAAACACAACACACCGUGAUGUGACACAGCAGGAUAAUGAAUAUCGUGGUUGUGAAUGCACAUGUGCUUGCAAGCUUCCCUUUGAAAAUGAGAUGUAAUGAAUUCCCAUGAAGUUGCAAAAGAAAUAUGUGUAACUUUUAAAUUUUUUUUUAAAAAAGUAGAAGUUGGUGAAAUAAUUAAAGGAAUGGAGGUGUGUGACCUUCAGACAGUCAUAUCUUUGUGUAAAUGUAAAGGCAUGAGCUGAUUGCACUGCCUGUAAUUGUAAGAGCAUUGACUUGUAUGUGAAAUAAAAACCAACUGAGUUAGUAGUG